GAAGCCUUUAAAUAGUAUAUUUCUGAAUUAGCGCUUGCGCUUUUAAGAAAUCACGCUUCUUCAAGUCUAUCAAAAAGAGGCAUUGCAGAAGACAAAUGAAGCUUCUAGUCCACCCACUGUUGGUGAUAUUUCUCUUGAACUUCGUUUCCGGUAAGUCCGAUGUUUUUUAACCCAAAGUUUGGACCGAAAAUUUGAUCAAGUAUAUGCAAUUACCAUAAUUUCCUUCAUCGAGUCGGCGCUCGGUCAAGUAUAAUACUGUCAUAGCUUUAGCCGCCCGCCAUGUGGCACUAGCUACUUCAGUUCACUUCAAUGCACCAAAACAGUUUAAAGAAACCAGGCUGACGUAAUUUCUGUUUUAGCCGGCAGGAGAUGUAUUAAACAAGAACAGAGAAUACGGAUGAAAGCAGCUAGAAUUGUGAUUCAACUCUUUCUUGAUCAAUAAUAUAGCGUACCUAAUUAUACUGAUCCGGAAAAAAAAAUAUCGUAAAGGGGCCAAUGUAUUUUAUCUGAUUCAUCGUCUUUACAUUUUGCUUGGAAAGACAUAAGGAAAACAAUUUAAGAGAUAAAAGCCGCCCACCCUUAUGGUCGUCUUAUCGGCUGAAAGAAAUUUCAAGAAGAACUUGAGAGCCUUGUCUCCAAAAAUAACCCUGCAAGCGGGGUAAUGUCCUAGAAAAAAAAGCGCGCCACGGUAAAAUUCCUGGAAAAAUCGCCAUUUUCAUAGCCUAUUUUUCGCCAAUGACUUCCCCUGUCUCCCCUCUGAAGUUUUUAGUAAAUCCAUAUCAAGGGGCAAGAAUGCGCAGCCUAAACCAAACCGUCAGUGUCUGUGUCUCAAAUCCCAGUCAAAAAAGUAAGGAAAACCCACAAUUUCAGUUCCUAUAUUUUAACGCUUUUUGGACCCCUAAUUCCCCAUUAUUAAUACAGAUUAUGUGAAAGCACGGCCCCAUUUCUGUAAUCAAGACGCUGAUCCUGGUCGCUGUAUGGCUUACAUCCCGAGGUUUCAUUUCGAUCAACAUGAUGGCAAGUGCAAGGAGUUUAUCUACGGUGGAUGCGAGGGGAAUAGAAACAACUUUGAGAGGCUGCAAGACUGUCAAAACACGUGUGGAGCCAAAGAUUUUUCUGCUUUGAAAUAAAAACAAAAAUCAAGGGGCUACUAUAUAGCAUAC